UUAGAAAAUAAAAUAACGCUGAAAAGAAAGAAGAAGGGAGGAACAAGAGGAGGAGGACCUAAGAAUUAAGCGAUACAAAGCGUUACAGGUCAAAAGAAGAAGAAGAAGAAGGGUGAAGGCGUAAACAUUGAACAAUCCUCAAGGGGGCCACGUAUAGCCUGAACAGCAGCAGCAGCAGCCAUGGACACCUGGGAGGACGACAAGCCUGAUGGGGAGGAGGGCGAGGAGGGGGGUGAUGGCUGGCAGGUGGUGAAUCGCUCAGCCACCAUCUUCCUCAUCGAUGCGGUGCGAGAGAUGUUUGAUGACCCCGAGGAUGCAGAGGAGGAUCCACCCUUCACCAGAGCCAUCAAGGCCGUCCACGCCACUCUCAUGCGCAAGGCCAUCUCCAGCACGCAUGACCAAGUGGGCGUGGUCUUCUUCAACACACGGGAAGCCAAGAACAAGCUGGACUACACUGGGGUAUACGUCUUCCAGGACCUUCAGCGGCCAUGCGCGGAGAACAUCCUGGCCAUGGAGAAGCUGAUAAAGAUGCACCCUGCGCAGUUCGACUCCCAAUACGGCCAGACUGACAAAGCAAGUAUUCACGAUGCUCUGCGGACCUGCCAGACCGUCUUCCUGGAUUGCGAUAAGAGGCAACUCGGACGCAGCAUCCUUCUCUUCACCUGCCGCGACGACCCCCACAGCCAGAACGAGCAAGUGCGGCGGCAGGCGGUGGCCAAGGCUAAGGACCUCAAGGAGUCUCGCAUCGCCCUUGAGAUACUCCACAUGGGGGCAGCCUUUGAUGUCAACAAGUUUUACAAGGACUUGUUGUUUGACGAGCUGGAUGACGGGGAGAGUGAAACGACCCGGGAGCAGAGGAUCCUGGCUGACCCCACCACACGCCUGAGCCAGCUGAUGGAGCGCGUCACGAGGCUGGAGAACAAACAGCGACCUUCCGCCACUGUGCAGUUCACUCUGGCACCCGGCGUGGAGAUGACUGUGGGGCUGUACACUGUUGUCAGGAGUGCAGUGAAGCCAAAGAAACUGAAGCUGUGGAAGAACACCAACGAGGAGGUGAAGUCGGUGACCAAACAGUUCCUGGAGGAGACCGGUGGACUUCUGCUGCCCUCGGACUUGGCAUAUUACCAAACCUACGGGGACAAGAAAAUCAUCUUCACCCCGGAGGAGACGCGCAGCAUGGUCAACGUUUAUGAGCCAGGAAUCGUCCUCUUGGGGUUCAAGCCGAUGAGCUUCCUGAAGACAGAGCUGUUCUUCAAGAGCCCAUCCUUCAUCUACCCCAAGGAAAAGGACGCUUCAGGCAGUACCAAGCUGUUCACGGCGCUGCUGGAGCGGUGUCUGGCGAGGCAGGUCUUGGCACUUGUCCGCUGCGUCCCGAGGGCCCACAGCUCGGCCAUCUUCGCUGCCCUCAUCCCCCAAGCGGAGGUGCUGGAUGAGACCAACGCGCAGGUCCAGCCUCCAGGAUUCUUGCUUCAUCCUCUGCCCUAUGCUGACUACAUCUCAAAAAUGACACUUGAGAAGAGGACAGUGGCCAGCGAUGAGCAAAUAGAAGCCUGCAAGAAGGUGGUGAAGAAGCUGCGAGGUGAGUACCACCCCGAGGACGUGGAUGACCCCAGCGCCGAGACACACUGGGAGGUCAUCAAAGCGCUCGCCCUCAACCGCCAGCGAAUUGAGGACGUGCCGGACCAGACAGUCCCUGAUGUCGAGAAUAUAGAGAAGGUCGCCGGGCCGUCACUGAAGGAGUUUGAGAGAAUGGUUUACCCGCCCUCGUAUGACCCCUUGGCAAAGCUCCCCACCGCCUCAACCCGCCCCAGCUCAGGCGUCAAGAAGGAGAAAGUGGAUCCGAGCACCAUGGAUGUGGAGGCCAUGUUGAAGAAGGGGAAGGGUAACUCGCUGACGGUGCCGGUGCUCAAGGCAUGGCUGAUAAAGCGCCGUGUGGUGGUCACUGCCAAGAAGAAGGCGGAGCUGCUGCAAGACGCCAUGGACCUCUUGGAAUAGCUGAGCCAUGGGACCAACAAGCACGGGCUGUGUCACUCCCGUGGUCCUGGGGCGCACAGCAAACACUUGGCAAGGGGACAACACUUGACCCAGAGAGAGGUGAUGAUAAAGACAAGUACAAACCAAUGAGUGCCUUGGAGCCAAAGACUUGGAAAGACAAAUUGAAGGAAGUACUUUUAAGGUAAUUUUUAUAGGGUACAUUUACCAGUUCACACACACCACUCCAACUGUGCCAUCAGAAAGAAUUACCUAGUACACAGGAAAAAUUAAACUGAGGAAUGAAAAUGGUGUCAAAAAUAAAAAAAUUAUCAGCAUCUAUUUUGAAAUUGUAUUUCAUUUUCACACCUCACCUCAACUUUCUGUUGUUUUCUUGUUAUGAGAACCAAUUGGAAUGGUGCUUGUGAAUUGGUGAACUCUGUGUUGCAUUCCUAGUUCACGUUCAUCUUGUGAUGAAGUGAAAGGCAAACUUUUUAGGAUGUAGUAGCAUACAUGAUAUUAAUGAGCCUUGUUCUAUAUGAUGUGUUAACGUAUGUUUACAUUAGUCUACUUGUUAAUCUGGUGAUGCCUCGGAGACAUCAGUGACACAAGGAAGGCAUCUGCUGACUGGAGUGCAGGCAUCCCUUGCUAUGUGAUUGGGUCACGUUUUUCAAAUUGAUGAUAUAUCAAUCGAUCCUACCCGCUAAAGCUAGUCAUAAAAGAGGGUCACAACAAACUCAUAAGUGUUUACUUGCAAUGCAAUGCAAGAUGGCGCCACUAUAAACACUCGCCUGCGCCAGAACGGGCUGGGCCGACAAUCAGGCCCCACCUGGAAGAAGCCUUGGGCCGACCAUCAGGCCCCAUCGGGAAGAUGCCUACCGGCGCAAUAGGCAGCAACGUAAAAAAAAAAUAAUAAAAUAAAAUAAAAAACAUUAAAUAUAAAAACUUGUCAGCUAGUAAAGCAUUGCACACGCUCAACUGCAGAAGUAAGUUGAGUGUGACAUGGGUAGGGAGUGUUCUUCAGUUUGGCAUGGUGAUCAAUUGACCGCGCCACCACUGUGCAGCAUAGUUAUCAUGUGAUUGUUCCGCCAGUCACAGACAGAUUGUAUUGUCUAUUUUAGGGAAUCGUAAGUGUUUGGCCUUUUGGUAGGAAAACUUCAAGAUCAUUGGUUGGCAGUUGCCUGUACUGGUGGCCACUUGCUGUAUUAUGGGAUGUAGGGCAUCACCAUCAUCAUCAGGAGCAUCCUUUGGCCCACCAUUAUUUUCUCAAGUAAAGCACGGACUAGUGUAAGAGAUAUUCAUGACUGUGUGUUUGCCAAGUAAAUCCCUAAAGGUGAUACAUGUGUAACUGUAAACUGAGCAUCGCCAUCUUCUUCAGUGACUAAUAUUAAUUUAUAAUGAAUUCAUAACACUGUCUCAUCAAUGUGCCAACCCGACAAUGAUGUGUGUGAUGAAUUUCAUUGCAUAGCCACCACCUGCUUCAUUUUUAAUAGCCCAAAAUAUACUAAUCAUGUGAGAGGAAGUUAAAAUUACGUGCAAAAUGAAACUCAAGCAAUGAAAUAUAAUGAACUUCAUCCCUCACUGACUAUCACCAUUAUACCUACCUAUGGUAAAUACUUCAAAAAUAUAUGAAUGAGUGUGAAGGCCUUAGAGCUCUAGUGUGUAAAAUGCAGCUUUGGCAUUAAUAUCUUCUCUAGCAGACAUGAUGAGAUAAAUAUAUAUCCACUAGCAAUGCUGUGUGGACCAGUG